UAUGGAACAGCGUCUCCUGUCCGCCAGCAGCACUUGAGGAGCCAGGAAGCCGCCCCCCGCGAUGGAAGAGGACCAGGAGCUGGAGAGGAAAGCAAUAGAAGAACUGCUUAAGGAGGUGAAACGUGGAAAAACUAGAGCAGAAACGAUGGGACCUAUGGGGUGGAUGAAGUGUCCUCUUGCUGGUACAAAUAAAAGAUUUCUAAUGAACACAAUUAAGAACACAUUGCCCCCACAUAAAGAGCAAGACCAUGAACAAAAAGAGAGCAAUAAGGAACCUGUGAAGAACCAGAACCAGAAAGAAGAAAACCCAAAGAAGCACCGAACCCAUCCAUACAAGCCCAGCUUCCGAGCACGAAGUAGAGGCAGUUAUUCUCCGGCACGGAAGCGGAACACCAAGGAGAAGUAUGAAAAGCAUUCAAACAAGCGAUGAGGCACGAUGGAGAAACAGCACAACUGUGACAAGCAACAAAUGCCGUCACACUUGGGACUGGGGGACGUGUGGCUUUCUUUAAGCAG